AUGGAAAUUGAUAUUCUAAAUGAAUUGUUAACAGAAUCAGUUGCUAAACUAUUUAAUCCAAGAGCCGUGUAUAAUUUUAAGAAACCCAAUCCAGUGUAUGAUAAUUACUAAAAGAAUUCAAAUAACACAUCUUCAACAUCUAUAUCAUCUAUGCAAUCUGAUUAACCAAAAUUUGAAUAACCAUAAUAAAAGUUAUCUAAUCCUCCAACAAUUGAAUAAUGGGUAAAUAUCAUUGGUCCAUAAAAACUAUAAGAAUCAUUAAAUAAGUAUAAUGCUAAAUAUAUUAUAGAUUGAAUAUAGAUUUAGCUAAAUUAACAAAGAGAGAUUUAGAAAUGAUGUCUAUGGAUUAACUUUAAAAUGAAAAAAAAAGAGUAAAAAAUGAACUUAAGUUUUAUGAUGCUAAUUUUUAAUCCAUUUUUAAUCGAUUUCCAUUACGAAAUGAAAAAGAACCAAUGAGACCCUUAUACAUUUACUAUAAAAAGUUAAAAUAACAAAUUGAUAAAGUUAUUCAAAAUCCAGGAAUUUAAAUUCCAACAUAUAAAUAAUCAACAAAUAAUACUUAAGGAGAAAUCUAAAAGAGAAUAGAAGAUUUAAAGAAAACAAGAGCAGAAUUGAGAGAUAAAUUAAAUAAUUUUUAAAAUGAAUUUACAACUACUCACAACAGAAGAAUUAGAUUUCAUAAAGAUAUUGCUCCUGUUGAAAAAGAAUAUAAACUUUACAAAGAAAUUAAAAAUGAAAUUUAGAAGUUGGAAAAUAUUUUAUAAAAGAAAUGA